AAAAACCGAAAAAGGAAAAGCAUAUGUGCAAGAAGUAUAUAAAUAUAGAGAGAGAAACUCUGAAGAUUCUUUUUUCUCUCUCUCUAUUUUCUUCAAACCAAACCCUAGCUUUUGUAGAUAGACAGCGAUGAGAGAAAAUCACACUUCGAUGCCUUUUUAGAUCUUUGUACUGAGCUCAUGUAUUUGUUUCUUGCGUUAAAAAGCUAGGGUUUUAGAAGCUUUUGGAAAUUCAGUGACGAAAUUAGGGUUUUGAUGGAGCCUCGUGUUGGGAACAAGUAUCGACUGGGUCGGAAAAUUGGCAGUGGAUCAUUUGGAGAAUGUGGUGCAGGUACUAAUAUACAGACUAAUGAGGAAGUAGCAAUUAAGUUGGAAAAUGUCAAAACAAAGCAUCCUCAGUUGCUAUAUGAGUCAAAGUUGUACAGGAUUUUGCAGGGAGGAACUGGAAUUCCAAAUGUGAGGUGGUUUGGUGUGGAGGGAGAUUACAAUGUUCUAGUCAUGGAUUUGCUCGGACCCAGUCUUGAAGAUUUAUUUAACUUUUGCAGCAGGAAACUUUCCCUGAAGACAGUUCUGAUGCUUGCAGAUCAAAUGAUAAAUCGCAUUGAGUUUGUUCAUUCUAAAUCAUUUUUGCAUCGCGAUAUUAAACCGGACAAUUUUCUUAUGGGCUUGGGAAGGCGUGCAAAUCAGGUCUAUGUAAUCGACUUUGGUCUGGCCAAGAAAUACAGAGACACUUCAACUCACCAACACAUACCUUACAGAGAGAACAAAAACUUGACUGGCACCGCAAGAUAUGCUAGCAUGAAUACUCACCUUGGUAUUGAACAAAGCAGGAGGGAUGAUUUGGAAUCUCUUGGAUAUGUCCUCAUGUACUUCCUAAGAGGAAGCCUUCCUUGGCAGGGGUUGAAAGCAGGAACUAAGAAGCAGAAGUAUGAGAAAAUUAGUGAAAAGAAGGUGUCAACAUCUAUUGAGGCUUUAUGCCGGGGUUAUCCUACUGAAUUUGCAUCAUAUUUCCAUUACUGUCGUUCACUACGCUUUGAGGAUAAACCAGAUUAUGCUUAUCUGAAGAGAAUAUUUCGUGACCUCUUCAUCCGCGAAGGCUUUCAGUUUGACUAUGUUUUUGAUUGGACCAUUUUGAAGUAUCAGCAAUCGCAAAUUGCAGCUCCUCCUUCCCGACCUCUUGGUGCUGGUGUUGGAACCAGCUCAGGCAUGCCUCCAGCUAUCCCUAAUGCAGAAAGGCAGUCAGGUGAGGAAGAAGGAAGACAACCAGCAGAUCCUUCUCGAAGGAGGAAUUCUGGGCCGCCUAUAAAUGCAGGAAGUUUGUCCAAGCAGAAAAGUCCUCUCAGAAAUGAUUCUUCUAGCAAGGAUGCUAUGUUGUCAAGCUCCACUUUCCUUGGAAGAUCAAGUGGAUCAUUGAGGCGAGGUCUAGUCUCUGGCAGCCGAGAGACUUUCACUAUGGGAAAUGACUCUGAUCCUACACGUUCUCGAACGCCUGAGGCAAGUCCAGCAACCAUGCACAAAAUAUCAAGUGGACAGAGAAGCUCCCCACUUGUUGGAUCAUCAGACGCUAAACAUGCUUCUUCUGACAGGAAUACUUCUGGUAUAAAGAACUAUGAAACCACGCUCAAAGGAAUUGAGAGUUUACAUUUCGAUGAGGAAGAUAGGGGUCACUAAUGAUUGGAAACCCUUUCAUCACAUUCUUGUAAAUUUCUUACUCGUGUGCUAGACCUCAGGUAGAAUUGAGGCCUUAAAAGUUGAUUUUUCUUGAAUUUCGGGUUGGAAUUUAGGGAUCUAGAGUGUGAUUCGUUCAAGCAAAGAUCUAUAAGAAAUAAAUAGAUCUGAAUGAGUGCUAAUGCAGGGAGUCAGGUGGUUUCAAUACAAGCUCAUUGCCGUGCAUGACUCUUUAUAUUGUUUUUGUCUGUGCAAUCAGGCAUCUUCCAUAAUAUUUAAUCCUCGUCCAGAUGAUGGGGACUAGUGAAACUGUAUAUUGGUCGUUGCAAUACUAAGAUGGUCCACAGUAAUGUUUUGGUCGAAUGUCACUUGAGUGCAAACUCAGUAGUUCUCACAAA